GGAUCGCUUCUCCUGCUGGUCAGGAACAACCAUGGCCGCUGCUGCCAUUGUUGCUGAGCCUCCCUGGCCCGUCCCUACAGCAGCAAUCAUAAACAAUAUUCGCCAACGAAAUCACCACCGCCACCCUUCCGCGCCGCACCACGACACUCCGCUGUCCGCUGCCGGCUUCGACGUCGACGAUAAUUAUUAUUCCUCCCACCACCACGACUGGGCCUACGAUCAGGAUCACGAUGCUUUUCGCGCCGUAAUCCCAUCUGAGACCAAAGUGCAACGCCGAACCCUUCGAAAUAACAGUCACCGCAAUUCUCUACGCACACCACCGCGCCGGUCGUCGCAUGGGAGUGGAGUGGGAAUAGCGCUGCCCAGGAGCGUCGCGGUGCCGAAAGGCAGGGUUCAUCGGAGUGUCAGCCUGCCAGGUGUGGGUGAUAAGACCAUGGCCAGCAUCACAGUAGAAAGCAUCGCCGAGGAAAGCGUGCCAAGUUCUCCGCCGGAACUGAGUUAUUCGAAGUCGUCGAAGAGUAGUUCUUCCCUCACUUCAGAUGACGAACUAUGUGUUAGUGGUCAAGAGGGCGGUCUGUCCAAGCACGGGCACUUUGAAGAAGUGGUGCUGGAAGAAGAAGGUGGCAGUGAUGACAGGGAGGACAGCAAUCUCCCGCCGGAUUCCAGACCAACACUGCGCCGCCCACCUCCCAAAUCCCUGACCACGGGCGCGGUAGCACGCAGACGCAGUGGAACAGGAACAAGCCCACCUCCGCGGCCAUUGACGAAUGGCGUCCGACAAGCCAGAUAUCCAUCUCUGCAAGGCGCUGUGAGUGGUGCCUUGCGAGAUCAGAGCCUCAACCUACCUCACGGGCGGAGCAUGCAACGCGCUGUCUCUAGUCCAACUUUGACGCACAUGCACCAUCAAGCUCAGCGCUUCCCUUCGCGCUCGCCCAGUCCGAACAAACCGUACGCGCAGAAUGGUCAAUGCAGCUCACCGCAAACCAUAGCCGGCUCGACACCGAAGGCAUCCUACGAGUCUCAAGGUUCGGCCUCGCGGCGACCAUCGUGGCAGCCGAGCAGAAAGAGCACGAAGGAGCUCGAGGCAGAAUACAACGACGAGGACGAAGACGUCCCCGAGGACGCCAUUUUGGAGAACGUGCCUAUAUCACCACUGCCAGGUCACUACACGGUACCGCUCUCGCCGAACCCAUUGCCAAGCGGCCACCGAUCUACGACACCUAGUCCGAAUCGAAGACCAGGGCCACACGCGAAUAUGCACUCUGCAAACAUACCCAAGGGCGCAAAACGUCCCAAUGGGAUGCCUCGAUCGCCGAAGUACCCACACCGCCCCAAGAUACCGCACGCGAAUACCGUGGCAGCCAUUCCGAUGGAUCCGCGAAGCCGACAAUUUAGAAGCAAGUCGUGGACGGAGGAUCUGAACUACGAAGCUCGGGAGCUGUCGCAGAAGCUGGAAGAAUAUGCUGAGCGUCUGUCGCAAGAAAAGAGGAGCGCAUCAAAUUCAGGGACAAACAGCGCCGCGAGCAGCCCACCACGAUCGAGCUGGUCGAAGCCAGCGGGAACGGGAUCGAGCCUCCCCAGCGUUCCAAGUGGACUGCCCCCUUUGCAGAAAGGAAACAUCAUGAUUGACCCCUUACCCAUCAGCAAGGAGAAGGAGGCCGUUCUCAGCAGAACACGGCCGUCAUGGUUGCCUCCUAAGGAUCCGCAAGAAGAGAAGAAACAUCUGAAGGAAUUUCAACAGAUGAUGGCCAGAGCUGCAGAGGCAGAGAAAAAGCGCGCCUUGAAAGAGCAAAGUAAUCGCGAAGGCAAAGAAGAGAUGCAAGGCAGUAUUGCACGAAUAUGGGAGCAACACGUCCUGCCUAACUGGGACGCGGUGGUCAAAGAACCACGAACUAGAGAACUCUGGUGGAGAGGCGUCACACCAAGCGCGAGAGGAGAGGUCUGGUCCAAGGCCAUUGGGAACGAGCUCGAGCUCUCGAGUGCUUCCUUUGAGGCUGCUCUUGCGAGAGCACACGCGCUCGAAGCGAAGAUUGCGGAUAUGAAUGAAGAAGAAAAGGCCGAUUCGAAAGAGGCUGCCUGGAUGGACGCUAUCGCCCGAGACGUGCCCAACACGUUCCCGGAACUCAAGGUGUACCAAGAUUCACGUGGGACUCUGUAUCAGAGUCUGUCCGAUGUCCUGAAAGCGUAUACGAUGUACCGCAGCGAUGUGGGCUACGUGUACGGAACGCACCUCGUGGCCGGCAUCGUGUGUCUGCAACUCCCGGCCGCGGAAGCAUUCGUGCUACUGGCCAAUAUGCUCAACCGACCUCUUCCACUGGCUUUCCUGGUCCACGAUCAGCCGGCCAUGGGAAGAGCCUACGAGCUCACACUGCAAACGCUCAAAUAUAAAUACGCUCGCCUCCACGACCACCUCACUUCACCACAAUUGGACAUCAGACCGGAAGAAUAUCUCGACCCUAUGUAUCGCUGUCUCUUCGCCUACAAUCUCUCCGCCGAGCACGUAUCCCGCAUCUGGGAUAUCUUUGUUUUCGAAGGUGAUCGGGCGCUGGUUCGUGCCGCGGUCGCCGUUCUGGCGCAGCUGGAGAGCAAGCUUUAUGGAUCGAGAGAGGAAGUGUUGCAGCAAAUUGGGUGGAUGAACCUGGAAAGAUGGCCUGUCGCGGCUGGAGAUGGCUUUAUCGAAGCUAUGCGCGAGGCUGGAAAAGUUGAUCGGAGGGGAAGCGCUUAGAGAGCUGCUAGUACUGAUGCAAGAGACGGGAAGCGAAUUCGAAGCGGAAAGAAUCGCUAUGGGAGUUUUGUAUGGAGACGAAGGCAUCGCAAUCUGAUGAAAGCGAAUCUCCGGCCUCCGGGCGCUCUAUCUGACGAGGAUGAAGCUGCCCGUUGCGAUCCCGGAGCAUCUUCUCUUCUGGCGGAAGGUAAUACGCAUUUCCGGUCCCCCGGAAUCUCGCGCCCUCCCGUGGUCAGCGCUUCUGCGAGUAGAAAGA